UGAAACACAUGAACCUGACCUUUGAAGAGUGUGAAAGUAAACAAUUUUUUAACUUACCAAACGUGUGGUCUUUUUCUUAUGCUAGGGGAAACUUUGGGAAAGGUAAUACAAUUUAGAGUUUAGACGGAAAGGGUUAAAUUAUAUCUUCACUGCUUCCAAGAGGUAAGAAUUUUUCUGUUAACUUCAGUGCCUCAUCUCAACUCUGUAAUUUGUGUGGCUGUAGGUUGCUAGGUUGUUUUAUCUGGAUUCUUUGGUGUGAUGUCGCAGAUGGAACUUCUAUCCAUUGUUCAGAAUACCUCUGCUGCUGCUCCCCCUCCCCCCGCUACUUACUUGGUGAGUGAGGUGGUUCAGUUGCCUGGCUACUGCUAAUAUUGGAGAAAUAUGUGAUGAAAGGGAAAAAAAGAGGUUGUAAAGAUGGCAACUGAUAAACUCAAAGGCAGUGUUGAAGAGUUUAAAGUAAAGAUGGCAACUGAUGAACCUGAAGGUGGCGUUGAAGAGUAUAAAGUAAAGAAGGAAACUCAUGAACCUGAAGGCGGCGUUGAAGAACAUAAAGCAAAGAUGGCAACUGAUGAACCUGAAGGCGGCGUUGAAGAGGAUAAAGUAAAGAAAGCAACUGAUGAACCUGAAGGCGGCGUUGAAGAGGAUAAAGUAAAGAAGGCAACUGAUGAACCUGAAGGCGGCGUUGAAGAGGAUAAAGUAAAGAAAGCAACUGAUGAACCUGAAGGCGGCGUUGAAGAGGAUAAAGUAAAGAAGGCAACAGAUGUACCUGAAGGCGGCGUUGAAGAGGAUAAAGUAAAGAAGGCAACUGAUGAACUUGAAGGCGGCUUUGAAGAGGAUAAAGUAAAGACGGCAACUGAUGAACCUGAAGGCGGCAUUGAAGAGGAUAAAGUAAAGAAGGAAAUUGAUGAACCUGAAGGCGGCGUUGAAGAGUCUAAGGUAAAGAAGGCAGCUGAUGAACCUGAAGGCGGCGUUGAAGAGGAUAAAGUAAAGAAGGCAACUGAUGAACCUGAAGGCAGCAUUGAAGAGUCUAAGGUAAAGAAGGAAACUGAUGAACCUGAAGGCAGCGUUGAAGAGGAUAAAGUAAAGACGGCAACUGAUGAACCUGAAGGUGGCAUUGAAGAGGAUAAAGUAAAGAAAGCAACUGAUGAACCUGAAGGCGGCGUUGAAGAGGAUAAAGUAAAGAAGGCAACUGAUGAACCUGAAGGCAGCGUUGAAGAGGAUAAAGUAAAGAAGGCAACUGAUGAACCUGAAGGCGGCGUUGAAGACGAUAAAGUAAAGAAAGCAACUGAUGAACCUGAAGGCAGCGUUGAAGAGGAUAAAGUAAAGAAGGCAACUGAUGAACCUGAAGGCAGCGUUGAAGAGGAUAAAGUAAAGAAAGCAACUGAUGAACCUGAAGGCGGCGUUGAAGAGGAUAAAGUAAAGAAGGCAACUGAUGAACCUGAAGGCGGCGUUAAAGAGUCUAAAGUAAAGAUGGCAACUGAUGAACCUGAAGGCGGCGCUGAAGAGGAUAAAGUAAAGACGGCAACUGAUGAACCUGAAGGCGGCGUUGAAGAGGAUAAAGUAAAGAAAGCAACUGAUGAACCUGAAGGCGGCGUUGAAGAGGAUAAAGUAAAGAAGGAAAUUGAUGAACCUGAAGGUGGCGUUGAAGAGGAUAAAGUAAAGAAGGCAACUGAUGAACCUGAAGGCGGCAUUGAAGAGUCUAAGGUAAAGAAGGAAAUUGAUGAACCUGAAGGUGGCGUUGAAGAGGAUAAAGUAAAGAAGGCAACUGAUGAACCUGAAGGCGGCGUUAAAGAGUCUAAAGUAAAGAUGGCAACUGAUGAACCUGAAGGCGGCGCUGAAGAGUACCAAUUAAAGCCUGCAACUGAUGAACCUGAAGGUGGCGUUGAAGAGUAUAAAGUAAAGAUGGAAACUGAUGAAUCUGAAGGCAGCGAUGAAGAGUACAUAAGGCCCAAGUGGGAUAGCAAAUUCCAGUACCUUUUAAGCUGUGCUGGAUUUGUUGUGGGUCUUGGAAAUGUGUGGCGUUUUCCAUACUUGUGCCAAACCUAUGGAGGAGGAGCAUUCCUGAUUCCAUACAUCAUCGCGUUUCUGUUGGAAGGCACCCCUAUAUUUUUUCUUGAAUUAGCUGUAGGGCAACGCAUGAAAAAAGGCAGCAUUGAAGUCUGGUGGCACAUCUCACCUUACCUGGGAGGACUGGGUUACUCUUCUGUGAUAGUGUGCUUCCUAGUGGUUCUAUAUUACAAUAUGCUUUUGGCCUGGAUUUUGUGGUAUUUUAUAAACUCUUUCCGAAACCCAUUACCUUGGAGUUCCUGCCCAACAGAUACCAGCAAACCAGAACUUAUUGAAGAAUGUAACAAAAGCACACCUACCAGUUAUUUCUGGUAUAGGUACACUUUAAACAUAAGCACGGAUAUUACAAACAGUGGUCCGCUUCAGUGGUGGCUGGUUUUAUGUUUGGCAGCCUGCUGGUUACUUGUGUUCAUUUGUACAGUACGAGGAAUUGAAUCGACUGGAAAGGCAAUAUAUGUUACAACUACAUUUCCUUACCUAAUUCUAACAUUAUUCCUUCUUUAUGGAGUGACUCUCCCAGGAGCCUUUCACGGAUUAGUGUACUUCAUGACUCCUAAUCUCAAGAAGAUCAACAAUCCACGUGCCUGGCUUGAUGCAGCCACCCAGAUUUUUUCCUCUCUUUCUUUAGGAUGUGGGGCACUCAUAGCAUAUUCAAGCUACAACCCAUCAAAUAAUGACUGUGAAAUGGAUGCUGUCAUGAUAGCAGGAAUAAACUCUUUGACUUCUUUGUUUGCGUCAAUCCCAGUUUUUUCAAUUCUGGGGUUCAAAGCAACAAUGGCCUAUGAAGAAUGCUUAGAAAGAAAUGUUAAAUACAUCACCAAGGCAUUCAGGAACGACAACAUCACUGUAGACAGCGGCGCAUUUUGGCUCAGUUAUUUGAAUGGAACAGAUAUCAGUAAACUUACAUCUCUCAACCUGGCAAAUUGUGAUCUCCAAUAUUUCCUUGAUCAGAGUGUUUCUGGAACCGGCUUGGCCUUUAUUGUGUUCACUGAAAUCAUGCUUAAGAUGCCUGGAUCAAACACUUGGGCGAUUAUGUAUUUUCUUAUGCUGUUCAGUCUUGGUAUAUCUUCCAUUUUUGGACUCGUUCAAAGUAUCUUGACGCCUUUCACAGAAUCUCACACUGUGUCUAGAUACAUAUACAAGGAGGCUAUAUGUGGUUUAAUAUGCCUUUCUGCCUUUCUGCUGGGCCUGCUUUUUGCUCUGAGAUCAGGAAACUACUGGCUUGAGAUGUUUGAUGCCUAUGCGGGGACCUUGCCUUUGCUCGUCAUCACUUUCUUUGAAUUGAUCGGUAUUGUAUUUAUUUAUGGAAUAAAAAGAUUCAGUGCAGAUGUGAAAGAUAUGAUAGGAAGACCACUAAAAGGCUAUUGGAAGGCAACAUGGCAAUUUUUCUCCCCAGUGAUAAUGUUCCUAAUUUUUUUGUCCUAUGUACUAGUUGAGCCGCCAUCAAGCUACUAUACUUGGAACCCAAAUUAUGUAUAUUUUCCUGCAAAAGAGCCAAAAAAGUAUCCUCCCUGGGCUGUCGUCAUCUCUAUCAUGCUGGAAAGUGUACCAUGUUUGAUGAUCCCUUUCGGAGCCAUUUACCAACUUUGGAGAAUCGUACUGAAAAAGAAACGGCUACAAAUAAUACAUCCAGACACCAGCACUGGUAUCCUUGUUAUCACCAGUAGCACCGGUAGCACUGGUAUCCCUGGUAUCACCAGUAGCACUGGUAUCCCUGGUAUCACCGGUAUCACUGGUAUCCCUGGUAUCACCGGUAUCACCAGUAGCACUGGUAUCCCUGGUAUCACCAGUAGCACCAGUAGCACUGGUAUCACCAGUAGCACCGGUAUCCCUGGUAUCACCAGUAGCACCCGAUCUUAACUUUUGUUUCAGCGAUCUGGUCACCCUUGUUUUCCCCAUCCUAUCCUGACCAUUAAAAAACCCCACACAUGUGUCCUCAAAUUUAGGGUAUUCAAUCAGUAAGAAUGUAAGGAUUUCUACGUAAAACCAUUUUCUAAAUAAAUGCAUCUUUAUAUAUAGCA